AUGACAGUCAAUAUCACGAAAUACAAGAUCUCUUCUUUACCAAUUCCACCUUCUUCUCACCUCCUUACACACAAUCUAGUUCCAGAUCCAGUCACAGGAGGAACUUCCGUCUCGAACUUUAUCGAAAAGAUAUUAGCUAAAACACCUAGUGUUCAGCGACGUGCUCGUUUAACAUCCCCAGAAACUCAUUUUUCAUAUGUGACUCCGUUUCCCACCUCAUUUCCUUACAAUAUUGAGCCUCCCUCUCCAGACGAGUCUGAAAAUAUAGAUGACAAGGGUGCUUAUGUAGAGAAAUGGUUAGCAGAUAGGGAGGCGAGAAACCCAAAGGCUGAUGCAAUAUCCGGAUCCUCGGGCAAGUUACAGCUGCAUUAUUCGCUACUACCGGAAAACGACCAGCCCAGAAUCCUGAUUGGAUUAUCCGAAACCGGUCUAAGAGACUGUGUACCUCACUUGGAUGUAGGAGAUGCGUUCGCUAUUCUUGGUGAACCUGCCCUUGUAGUCUCUGACACAGAAGGACACGGGUCCAAUCACGAAUCGGACCAAGAGGAGGUCAUAGCUGCCAGACAGGAAAUGAUUGAUGUUCUUGGUGGUCGGGCUGUUCUCAUAUCGCAAGACUACCCCAAAUCGGAGUCUAGGCCGGAAAGAGGAGGUUUCGCACCGUGGAGUCAUCGAUAUUCGGGACACCAGUUCGGAACCUGGGCUGGUCAGUUGGGAGACGGGAGGGCUGUCUCUAUCCUGGCCACUUCACACCCAUCCAAAUCCAAUGACGUUUACGAACUACAGCUCAAGGGAGCAGGAAGAACACCAUAUUCACGAUCAGCUGAUGGUCUUGCAGUGUUGCGUUCAUCUAUUCGAGAAUAUCUGGGCUCGGAAGCUAUCGCGGCGCUAGGAAUUCCCACUACUCGGUCCCUGUCACUCAUAUCUCUGUCCUCCGUCGAAGUUCGGCGAGAGAGGAUGGAGACCGCUUGUGUUUUCACCCGUAUGGCGCCCUCUUUUAUUCGCAUAGGUUCAUUCGAAGCGCUUAGUCCCCCAGAUGGUCACAGUAUGGCUUUCUUCGGUGGUGGUCAGCAGAAACCUCACUGGGAGAGCUUACGGAUCUUGGGAGAAUGGGUUAGCAAGAAGGUACUCCGAUUAGAUUUGCAGGAAGGACAACCAUGGGGCAAGGAACUUGUAUUGGAAGUUACGAGACGAAAUGCAAAGAUGGUAGCUGGUUGGCAGGCGUAUGGUUGGAUGCAUGGUGUAAUGAACACAGGUGUCGUGUCGAUUCUGGGUCUCACUAUCGAUUACGGUCCAUUCGCAUUCAUGGAUGUCUUUGACCCUGCACAUAUCUGCAAUCAUACUGAUGAUGGUGGAAGAUAUGCGUACAAGUACCAGCCCACCAUGAUAAUGUUUGCCCUGCGUGCCCUGCUUAAUUCGCUCGCCCCCUUGAUAGGCGCAGAAAUGGAAUCUGGGAAAGCGGUUUCCCCGGACUGGGCUUCCUCCGCCUCCAACGAAAAGAUAGAUGAAUGGCGACAGCAUGCAACGUCGGCCAUCAAGGACGAAAUGGAAACAGUAUUCCAGGAAAUUUGCAGCACUGAGAAUGGUCUUCUGAUGCGAAAAAGACUUGGUCUUCGUCGUUCUCUUACUACCGAUGAAUCCCGAUUCAUCCAACCACUGCUGACCAUGAUGGAAAAUCAUCGAUUAGACUUUAAUCGCACCUUUAGGCUGUUAAGUUUUUUCAAACCACCUGCGUCGGACAAUGAUAAUGCCAGGUUCAUUCAACAAUUAUUGGACAAUGUUUCGCCUACAGAUAGGCAAAUGCUUAACAUGGAUUCAGCUAGGAAAGAGUGGGACGAGUGGCUGGCAAGGUUUAAAGGACGUAUAGAAGAAGAUCAGAUAUUUUGCAAAGAUGAUGCAGGCAAUGUCGCAUCGGCAGUGUCACUAGAUGAUGCGUAUGAAUUGAGAGUGAAAGAGGCCAAGAAAACUAAUCCUCGGUUUGUACUGAGGCAGUGGGUGUUGGAAGAAAUCAUCAAGCGUGUUGAAAGUGAUCCGGAGAAGGGUAAAAGACAAUUGGCCAAAGUCAUGCAUAUGGCAUGUAGCCCAUUCGAGGCAUGGGGUGCAGAGUGGGAGGAGAUGUCAGAAGAUGGGAAUGGAGAGGGUUUGAGUGUGGAGGAGAAGGAGGAGAGGCGAUAUUGUGACAUUGGUGAAGGGAGUAUGCUUGGAUUUCAGUGUAGUUGCUCCAGUUAAAACCUGAAGGUAAGAUAUUGGAGAAGGUCAGAUGGUUG